CGGAAAUAAACAAAAAUGGCAGACUUUCAUCUUCUUAUCUCUGAGUAGAUAUUUUUUCUUUGUAAAGCGUCCCCAAUUCCUAAAUAAAAAGUUCAAAUUAAAUACUAAUGAUGUUUCGUCCUAGUUGUCAGAGUGUUCAAGUCUUUUUGCAGCAGAAUUAUAAAAUCAAUUCGAAAGUGUUACAUGUACUUCAGAUUUGGAGGAGGCCAUUUACAUUUUGUCCAGGUUGUAGAAAAUCACAGUUAACUCCUGGAAAAUUAGUCAAGAAAUUGAAAUCAUCUGGAUUUUUUCCAGUUUUAAAUAUAACCCGGGUUGUGAGCUCUGGUUCUCAGGAUGGCUCAGGAAGUAAUGAACCAGUUAGUGGUAAAGUAGAAGCUAGUGCUGCAAGUAAAACUACAGGUAGUAAAUCACAGACAGGUGAUGGUGUUUCUGCGGACGAGAAGAAAACCAAGUUAUUAAAAGUUUCUAGAAAAUCUAGAAAAACUGCACUUGACUACAGUUAUACCGAUAAUAUAUAUAUUUUACCAUACAGAGCUUUGAGUGACUACAUGUUAAAACCCAGUGAUUUAGAAGCCUUACCAAAAUACAGUAGAAGAAGUCCUUACGAUACUGGUCGUAAAAUCACCCUUUAUCUACGAUCAGAUGUUGAAGAGUUAGGGAAAAAAGUUUGGGGAAGUCUAGAAAGUUUGAAUGCAGAGAAAGCAAAACGAAGAAAUGAAGAAUUUACUCCAGGAAGAUAUGAUAUAUUUCAUGUACGAUCUAUAAUAGAAGAACAUAAACGCAAUAUGGCAGGUGAUGGAGUUAAUAGUGAUGAAAAACCAUAUUUAUUUAUAACAGAACAUGAUGAUAAAAAAUCCAAUACAGAUACUAAUAAAGAUACAGGCAAAACAGAAACAUUUUUACAGACUGGUUCAGGGAAAGUAGUCAUCUCUGCUAUAGCAAUUAAUGGUUUUAACUGUCUUAUUAAAUUUAUAGCAUGGGUAUACACAGGCUCUCACAGUAUGUUUUCAGAAUUUAUUCAUUCAGGGGCAGACACAGUUAAUCAGAUAAUAUUAGCUUUAGGUUUAUAUCAUUCUAUAAAGAAACCAGAUUCAGAUCAUCCAUAUGGUUAUACAAGUUUAAGACAUAUAUCAUCAUUAAUUAGUGGUGUUGGUAUAUUUUGUUUUGGUACAGGAUUAUCUAUAUAUCAUGGUUAUCAAGGUUUAAUGCAUCCAGUACCAUUUGAUUCAUUAGUAUGGGGUAUUGCAACACUUCUUGGUUCUUUAUUAUCAGAAGGAGCCACACUGGUAGUAGCUGUGAACCAAGUACGUAAAAGCUCUAAAGCUCUAGAUAUGAGAUUUUGGGAAUAUGUAUUACGAGGAAAUGAUCCUAAUGUAUCUGUAGUAUUAUUAGAAGAUGUUGCCGCUGUAAGUGGUGUUAUAGUAGCAGCUUCUUGUAUGGCUAUAACUCACUAUACACAUAAUCCAAUAGCUGAUUCUAUAGGUUCUUUACUUAUUGGUGGUAUAUUAGCUAUAGUAGCUGGUUUUAUUAUUAAAACUAAUACAGAAGUAUUAGUAGGAAGAUCUAUACCAAUGUAUGUAAGGCAGGAUAUCAGUCGAGAUUUAGAAACAGAUAGAAUGAUAAGAUCUUUACAUGAUAUUAAAGCUACAGAAGUAGGAGGUGAAGUUAGAUUUAAAGCUGAAGUAGAUUUUGAUGGUAGAGAAAUAACUCGAGCUUAUUUAUAUAAACUAGAUCUAGAACAAUUACUAUCUGAAAUGCAUGAAUUACAUAAAGUAGAAGAUGUAGAGAAAUUUAUGUUAAAUCAUGGUGAAAAGAUUGUAGAUAUGUUAGGUGAAGAAGUUGAUAGAAUAGAGAAAAAACUCAAGACUAAACAUCCUGAACUACGCCAUGUUGAUUUAGAAGCCUUAUGAUGUGACUGGUUAAUAAAUUAUUGUGAUAAUUCCAGCAGAACCAAAGCACAAAUAUUGAUGUCUGAAAUUAAAGGAUAUGUUUUUGUUGUUUACAAUAUCUACAGAAUUAUUGUCCUUAAAUAUACUUUCCAUCAUACUAUAUUGAAAAUGAACUCUACACCUUUAUUUCCAUUUUAUUUAUUCAUUCUUUGAAUAUGGCAGUCUAUCUAGACAUUUGAUUUGUUGAUGUUGUAUAGGGCUCCAAAAGCAUUUUAGUAUGGCUUUUAAAUAUCAACAUCAGACUUAUAUAAUGAGAUGCACUGAAAACAUCACUUUUAUGAAUAGAUGGUUGUAUAUCUCAUUUGAGAGACACAUUUGUGAUUCUGAAUGUAAGACAUCAGAUCACAACAUAGCACAUGAGAAUGAUGUUUUUACGAUUGCAUAAUUAAACCAUAGAUCAGUUCUUUCAAGCACAUACAAUUGAAUGUUGCAAAUUAUAUAUUUAUGAUGUGUUAUAAAAUGAUGCUUUGAAAAAGAAGGGAUCAGUACAACUCCUACAGUUAUGUGGAAGACACAACAAAAUUCCAGGUUUUAAAAUUAACGCAUUUGUCUUCAAAAAUAACUUUAUUUAUAUUCCCCCAUUAUUUAAGAUAAAUGUGUAUGUUACAUACCAAUUUAAAGGUCGUUGGAUACAAAAGUUAAAUUUCUCCAGGGCUUGUCACAUACAUUACUAGAUAUUUGUGAAUUGUAAUUGUUUAUCCUUCAAAGGACUUAUUUAUCCGGUUGACAGAAAAACUAUGAUAUAGAUGAUCUAUGGGAUGAAAAAUCUCCUGUUCGUUCUUCUGAAACUAGUGUUAUAAGUUAAUAAUACUAAAAUUUACCAUAUAAAUCAAUUCGUCGAAAGUAAAUUAUUGCUAUAUUUGUAUGUCUUUAAUAAUACAGGUAUCUAUAUUGUGACAUUAUAUUAUAUUACCAUAAAUAAUAAAUUUGCAUUCUAAAUGCAAUAAUACUGGUAUCCAUACUGUGACAGUAUAUUACCAUGAAUAAUAAAUUAGCAUUUUAAAUGCAACUUGUAGUGGAAAUUGUAUAAUAUUAUUUCUUGUUUUAUUAUGAAAGAGUAUGGUUGUAGUUUUUGUAUAUUAAUUAUUGUAUUGUUUUGUAGAUAAUUAUAAUGAAUAAUUCUUUCUUUGUACACAUGGUAUAUAAAAGAAAUAUUUAUUUCCUGAAAGUCAGAGCAAAACAGUUUGCAGAUUUCAUUAUCCGUUCAAGAAAUCUUUUUGAAACUUUGUACAAACAUCAACCUGUUAUAGUAUUUUAUUUUCUGAUGUAUAAGCUUAAUGUUUAACAUACAGCAGCUGAUUGAACUAGGCAAAGGUUGUUGUGCAAACGUUACAGGGAAUAGCGACCCUGCCUUGCCGAGCUAUUGAUAUCAUAGUAUGAUCUUCUGAUAAGUCCCAUUGAUAUUCCAAGAAGUUGUUUUUUCUUGUGCCUGCCAAACAAAUGCAAGGGCGUGAGGUGGUGAUUACUAGUCAUCUUGUUUCAUUUAUCUCCUAAAAGAAAAUACAGGGAAAUUUGUUUUGUGAAUGUUUAUUCUGAAGAAAAAAAAAGUGUACAAUUUAAGUUAGACAACAUCAGGUGCGACCAUUAUUAUGCCCUAUAAUUGGUUGUUUUUUUUUGGGUUUUUUUAAUAUGCCAAUUUGUCAUCUAAGUUAUUUAUUUUCAAUUGCCAUGCACAUAUUUAAGAAAUGAUAAUGAUAUUAGUAUUGGCCAUCAGAUUUUUACUUGCUUUACAGUAUUUUAAUCUAUUAGGGUAUAAACUUUUAUAUCUUUAUAACAAAUUUUAAGGCUAACAUAUUUCGUUUGUUAAUGCUGUACACUUAAAAUAUUAUAAAUACAUAAAGUAAAAUCCCACAACUCUGA